AUGAUCUUGCUUUCUUUGGCCUUUUUGGUGGUGCUGCUACCAUGGGCUUCCUCCAGCUUCAACAGCUUUGAUGAGGGAUCGGCUCCCAAUGAACUAGAUAGACCAACCAACUGCAACUGUGGAGGAAAGCUUCGUGCAUCCAUAGACAACUCAGGGCCAGAAGUUGAAGUUACGUGCAAUAUUUCGAAGGGCGACAGUAAAUGCGGGAAACGUUGGCUACGUGGCAAGACACGACAUAAGAUAGCAAGAGCCAUCGAAGAGAAGUCAGCUCAUAUAUAUAGAGCCCAAAGGGCUAACAAGGAAAUGUGUCCGGGAGAUGCGGAACCACCAAAUCUAUACUCAUCUCCUGUACUGAGAAAAGCGAAAUCGGAGUAUAUAUCUAGCCAAUAUCUUGAUAAAGAUCCAGUGAAAUCUAUAUUUCUCUCGAAACAAACAACAGGGGCCAACAUCAUCCAAAAUAUUGGCCUGGAUCCCUUUUAUGUUCAUUACUGGACAAGCCAUCAAACGAGUAUAUACAAAAAAUAUUGCUCAAAAUUCACGAGUUGUUUGUACAUUGAUGCCACAGGAGGAGUAGUGAGAAAAAUAAAGAAAGCGGAUGGUUCAAAAACAGGAAAUAUCUUUCUCUAUCAUUCAAUCAUCCGGCUUCCAAGUGGACAAUUUUCAGUGUGCCAGAUGUUGAGUGAGGUUCACAACACGAACGCAAUCAAUUAUUGGCUCACUGAAUGGACACGUUCUGGUGCACCUAUCCCGAAAGAAGUAGUGACUGAUGCUUCUAGGGCUCUUUUAUCAGCAACUAUUCGAGCCUUCACCAACUGCAAAUCAAUCGGAGAAUAUGCAGAUAGUUUAUGGCAUAAACCAUCUGCAUGUUACAUCCGGAUAGAUGUGGCUCAUUUUAUCAAAAUAUACGCAUCUUUGGUGAAGGACUUGCCUAGGCGCGUCCGAGUUUUCUAUUUAGGAUCCAUAGGCCAACUCAUCCUGUCUAAAUCAUUGAAGGAGGCUGAGAAGAUCUUGGGAUCCAUCUUGCUGGUAUCUCAAUGUGAGACUGAGGGAUACUUACCAUCUGGAGAACCUUGCAAAUCAGAGGCAGCAAAAUAUUUCUUGAAAGAAAUCAUUACAAGCUCAGAAGAGAUUGACCAAGCUGCAGAUUCUGAAUUCAUUUCUGAAAAUUUGCCACAAGAUGAAGAUUUUACUGUGAAUGAUGGCAACAGUAAUAUUUGGUGUCAAUGGGGAGAAGUCAUCGACAAGAGGGUUCAAACUGCGAGAGCAGAAAUUGGUGACAGAGAGAAUGCACACUUUUUCCCAGCACUAUCAAAGAAGCUAAUGAAUGAUCUUUAUUACUUCCCAAUGUGGUCUUGUGUGGUUCAAAAUCAGUUUGGUUAUGGUCGUAUACCAGCAUCUAGCGCCUCUGUUGAAGGAGAAUUCAACAAAAUUAAAACACAUUUGUUGUCGGGUGUAACUGGUUCUCUACGUGCUGACGUAUUCGUCAAUAGACAUGUAGAUUAUCUCAGUGGUCGUAUGAAAAUAAUUCAAUCGAAAAUGGACAACGACGAUAAUGCGAUAGAGGAACUCAGUCGUGAACAUUCAUCAGUUACCGAGUCAGUAACUAACAUCUACUGUACAAGUGCAACGCAUGCGUCUGACGCCAUUUCGGUGGACAGAGAAGAAAUAGCAGUGGAAGCCUCAAAUUCUUUGUGCCCUGCUUGUCAGAAUGAGGACAAACCCUCUGGGGCACAUAAGUGUGUAGUGUGUUUGAAACAAAUUCAUGCGUUGGAUAGUUGUUCUAUCCCCUAUAAAGGCAGUGGGGAAGGUUAUGGCCAAAAGAGAAUUUGCCUCGAAUGCAAUAAUGUAGGUGGGACUUCUGUUAUCUUGGCCUCUAGAGAAGAGGAGAAUUGGAGGGGUUUGGCUAAAUCCUCCAAUCCCAGAAGAGCUGCAAAAUAUUUGCAGAAGAAUAAUUACAAUUUGAACGAGCAGUUGACAAGCGACGCCAACAGGAAAUUGCUCGUUAUCAAGAAUGGUAGCAACCUUGCUUUGAGUCCAAUUGUAUUAGGAGGUAGGAAUGUGUACGUUAUGAAGUUAACGGAUAUACCAGUUUACUUCAAGAAUCCCUUGAACGAUAAGGAGCAGUACCAGCUGGUAGGACUUGUGAACUAUACUCCACCUCCACCCAAGAGAAGGUCUUCAGAAAAUCAAGGAAUCGGCCAUUCAACAGCCUACUGCCUUCGAGGGGGUUAUCAGUGGGUGGAGUAUGAUGAUCUGAAGAAGAAUGAAAGGAAUAAAAAAUCCAAUGUAUAUGUGCAACCAGUUCUCCUGGUAUUUGUUAGAAAUAAAAUAUAA